AUGAAUAACUACACAGCAUUGAGUGGAGGAACUUAAUUUUAAGACAUCAUUGAGGAGAUUAAGAAACUUGAUGUAAUAAUAGCUUAAGGAAUUAAUUAAAGGAAUCAAAGAUUGCAUUAGAAGGAAUCUGUUUAAUUAGUAAUUAUAAUAAUGAAUUAGAUUGACAGACAAUUGGGAUAAUAAAUAAAUAAUAUAAAUGAAUUUAUAAAAUAAGGGAGAACAGAAUUAUAUAAAAUGAAAAAUCUGUAAGAAUUAUAUGCUGAUAAAGUUCAUAAAAUGAAAUAUAAAGAUAAAAAAAUAAAUUGGAUGAAUUUUAAAAUAGAUCUAAUGAAUUUGGAAGAGCAUUAUAAUCUAAACAAAUCUUUGAUAUAGUAUGAAAGAUAUAGAUAAUAAAUAGGUUAAGACAUCGACAAAUAAGAAUUACAGUGAUAAAUCUGAUACUGAGAUGGUUUAAAUUCAAAAAACAUUGAUUAAAGAACAAGAUUAGAUCUUGGAUAAUAUGUUAUAGACAACUGAUAUAAUGGCAAAUAAUUCUAAAACUAUUAAUUUAGCUUUAUAAGAAGAUAAGGUAAUUUUAACUAAGUUAAAUAACAAUGUAUAAAAUUUGUUUUGAAAUAUUAGGUUGAAUAAGCAACAAAUGAAAUAUAAGUGGCUGAUUCAAAAUUAAAAACAUUACUUUCAUACACAAAUGAUUGGUGUCUUUGGANUGUACUAAAUCUGACUUUUCCUAAGUUAAGUUAAUAUUUUUCUAUGUUAAUUCUUGCACUGUUUUUAUAAAUUAAGCUUUUUCCUCUCUUAAAUCAAUAACAGCUUUUUUUAAAGUACUAAUCUUCUAUUUAUCACUAAUCUUAUUAACACUGCCAUUAUCUGAUUAAUUGUCAUUUUGACCUUAUGGAAGUUUACUCAUUCUUAAAAUGA